AGAAAUAACACGCGGAGUCACCGUCAAAGGUUCCUCACGAUCAGUGUGUGUUGGAAAUCUCGACCGAGUAAGUUCGCGAGUUCGUCAAUUUGAAGCUGAGAAGACGUACAUUUUCCACGGCGUGAUAUUGGCGAGUAAUAGCAAUUGGAUUUACCUAUCGGACCUAUUCUCGGGUAAUUCUCCCGUUCGGAAGCGCUCCCAGGAUUUGCGUUUAAAUUGGAUCACAUAUAUAAAAUCGAUUUGCUCGUGUUUCGUUUUUUAGCCAACGACUUUUGACUGUUUCCAGGCCAGAAGAUAAACUUCCGGACCAAUAAAUCAAGGAAAACGCAAAUUGAGCUAGAUACACGGCCUGUUUUGUCCGCCAAACGAGCCUCAGUUAAUUUUUAAUCGCCAUCAACAUGCCCGUUAACGGAGUUCGUGUGCUGCCGGACAUACCGAAGAAUAUGCCGAAUAUGAAGAUCUUGAUCCGGGAGUUCGAGACUGGCUUCCGCUCGGUGUCGGCCAACUGUCGGGAUAUCAUAUCGAAAUCGUCAACUUCGAGCGACGGUAACUUCGUUAAGAAGAUCGUCGAAGCUUACGAGUCAGGUGUAAGGGCGUUUAACGAGACUAGUCAGCGGGAACGAGAGAGAUUCGAUUUCUUUAACACUCUUGAUGUCGCCCGGAAUCGGAAGAAUAUGGAGAAGAGCGACUCGAGUCUCGCGAUAUGCGAUGCGCCCAGCUCGCAAUGUCGGAACAAUUUAGACAAAAAAUCCAAGAUCUUUUUGUCUUCGUUUGUGGCACGCGAAGUCGAAGAUGAUUUUAUAAUUCUUAAUCGGUACCAUCCGGAGAGCGAUAAAGAAACCGUUUCGGAGAAAUGGCCGGGACUCUCUUCUAGGAUCAAUAUGUACAGCUCCAUGAACGAUCUACUGAACGUACAAUCCAGCCCUUCGAAGAGGAGUGAAACGUGGCAUUUGAAGAAGAGAGAUAAAAAAUUGGCGGAUAAAUCGAUGAAGAAUAAAUUAAUGAUUUGCUCAAGUCCUUUGGAGGAUGCUGAAGACAAAGAUUUGAACUGCGAGGAUCCUCUUGACGACAUCUUAACAAGCUCUUGCGACUCGAGCAGCGAUAACAGCUACAGAAACUUACAAGCCGGCCUAUACAACUUCAAAGACGAACGAUGGCAGCCUGGACUCUCCUCAACUUCGUUGUCGUCGUUGAAGUCCCCCUCAGGCUCGGGAUCGUACGCUAACAUAAGCAUAAAUAGCGGUGACUGUAAUCUGCGGUUGGAUUCAUCCUUUCAAGACGUAACCGUUACGUUUUCCAAAGAUAUUCCGAAGAACCGAGAGACUCGGGAUUCCAAAGUUCCGAGUCCGUCUAACUUCAACCGGAAGUCGCCGCUAGCAAUCGGUGCUUCGCUAAAUGAAGAUCGGCCGAUCAAGAUCGAUAGCGAUACCUGUAUACCGUGGAUAUCAGCGAUGGGCGAGAAGCUGUCGCGAAAGGGACCGCUGAAGUUACUGAAGUCGACACUCAAUACGAAACUGCUGAACUACAAGAAAGUCUGGAAGAAAUCGGCGGAGAAACAACCGAAUGAACGUACCUCCGACUCGGGAUUUAUCAAACGGUUUCAAUCUUCGUCAUCUUCUUCCUCGCAGAAGUCCGAUCCCGAGAAGCCGCCGACCUUCGGAACCUUCGGCCGCGCUAAAAGCGCCAGCGACAGCGGCAAGAUCUUGUCAAAAAGUUCUCGCAUGGUCCUGACCGAAGUGCCCCGUGAAAAAUUCACGAGCGAUUCCGAGCCUUCCGACUCGACCUCCUACGUAUCCUCGCAUCGCGCGACCACCUCUUGCAAAGAGAACCACCAGAACGUCGAAUCUUCGUUGAAGAGCACGAUACUCGCGAGUCCUUCGAAGUUGAAGGCCUCCUGCGGAUACCCGCCGCAUCUGAAGCACCCUUAUUCGAUCCGAAACGAGAUCUCUAAAUACCCCUUCGUUUCAAAGACAAAGGGGCUAGACCGAACAAUGGAGAAGGAGUCGGUAGAGAAAGAGGAGAAGAUGAGACGCGACGCGAAGGAACGUGAAUCUGAUACGCGUGAAUUGGAGUCUUCAGGUAUGUCGCCCGUAUCUGAAGCUGAUCUGAGUAGCUCGUACUCCAGGAUGUCCGAAUGGUUAACGUUAUCUCUGAAUAGUAGCUGCAAUCUGUCGAGAUCACGUCCGUACAAGUCAACGUCGGCGCUCGAUGGGCUCGUUCCUCAGCAGACACCGGUCCAUAAUGUUCCUAUGUUGUGCAACUUCAGUACGGAUCUCUUACUUGCCAUACAUGAUAACGUGCCUGACACGCGCCGUUACGCCACCGUUAGUCCGAAGAACUUGAGAUUUUCUGUAUCACGAGAGAAAUUACGAGCGAUUGAAAGUAAUCUCGACGUUUAAAAGGGAACCAGCGAUACUCCCCCUCGGGAAGAGAACUUUCGGCCUGGAUGAAAUUUUCCAGAUCGCAGUUUAAUUAAACUCCGUCAAUUCUGAAAUACGUCAUGCUGGAUAGUAAUCUAUCUAAAUUAUGAUCAAGCUGCUCACACAAUCGAAUGUUGAUCUUUGAAAAUUAAUUUACGACCGUUUGACAAUUAUUUAUGAUUACGUGCGCGUCGCUUCAUUUGGAUCUAGGAUGGAUUCAUUGUCAGUUUCACUGGUAUUGUUAGGUCGACAAGAGCAACUUCGAUUUAUGCUUGGUCCGUUGUUUUUACGUCGAAAUGGUCGACAGAUCAUUGGCAGACGGGCUUGCCGCGUCAAUUCGCUCUGACGUAUUGAUAUUAAUUGACACUGUAAAUGCCGUGUACCGUUUUGUGCAAUUGUUAUAUACUCGAUAGAAUUCAGAUUCAACGAGCAUUUUGACUGAUAAUUUUACUUACAUAUUUAUUUAUCUAUUCAUUAAUCUAUUUGCAUGUCUAUUGACGAUACUCAACGAAGUUGAAGUUUGAAUCUUAAAAUAAUUAUCUCUUAUAGCUUUAUAACACCGAUUUCGAUGCGAGAUUAUGCGAGAUAUUCUUGCAAAUGUCCCAAUUAAAAAUGUGAUCCGAAGAGAUAAAAAUUCGAUUUGUGUUUCGUUUAUCUUCUUUAAAAAAAAAAAAACCAUCAUUGCCAGCACUCAGAGAGAUUUUCACCAAAGAGAAGCUGAACGAUAAUGUAAUUUUAUUUUUUACGAAUUUUCUACUGGAAAAAACGUAAUACAGUAGUUUUAUUUUUCAAGAAUUUUCUACCGGAAAAAAAAGUAAUUCAGUAAUACUUUGCACGUUCUUCAUAAAUUUCGCGAAUUAGUACUGCACACGAGAUCGCACUUUUAAUUAUCUUUUUUUUAGCUUUUUAAUAUUGUAUUCAAUUACCUUACUGUUUCUCGUAUUGCGUAAGAGAUAAAAGGAAUUUGACAUUUGCGAGCAGUUCCAUUUAUUUGUCCAUUUCUCUCGUCGAAAUCGAUAAGGUACCCAACAUUCGACAGAUUCGUGGUUAUCCCUGUAGAUCUUGUUCAUUUCUCGCAAAAUGGCACGACGAAGAUUCUUUUAAAGAUAAGAAGAGCGAUAUCAUGUAAUCUUUAUUCUUAUUGACAAAGAUGCUCUCCUCGAGUCUCUCGUAUUUCUUUCGGAAAAGUUGAGGAAGAUCUCGAGUAGCAGUGGACGGAUUAUUAGUAGCAAUUUCGCGGCGCAGAAAAACUUAUACACUAUAGUCUAUAGUUAAGGGAUAAGUGGCAUUUUGAUACGAUAGUGUAUACAAUUGACUGCAUCACACAUUGUGUUCGAGAGAUUAAUAUAUACAAAAUGUUACCCA